GCCCGCUUCCGCCCCGCGCCGGGCUCGGCGCCGCUCGGGCCCGGCAGACGCGGCUUCCGCCCGGCCGGAGCAUGACCCAGGCGGAGAAGGGCGAGGCGGAGAACGGCAAGGACAAGGAGCGCGACCGGGAGCGCGAGCAGCGCGGCGUGAAGCGGCCCAUCGUCCCCGCCGCCGUGCCCGAGUCCCUGCAGGAGGUGAGGCCCGGAGCCGAGCGGCGGCCGCCGGGCACUGCUCCCCCGCUGGGGCGGGCCUGGCCCGGGCUCGGCCUUUUAAAGGCCUGCGGAGGGGGGCGUGGACGCCGGGAGGGCUCCAGGUGGUCCUGGGCGCUCGGUCUGACUUCGUGCGCGUUGUGCUGCUUUCAGCAAAUACAGAGCAACUUCAUCGUGGUGAUCCACCCCGGCUCGACCACCCUGCGGCUCGGGCGGGCCACGGACACGCUGCCCGCGGGCAUCCCGCACGUGAUCGCGCGGCGGCACAAGCAGCCGGGCCAGGCGGCCUACAGGGACAGCUGGCUCCUCAGGGACGGCCUCAAUAAACCUGAGAGUACUGAGCAGAGACAAAAUGGCCUUAAAAUGGUGGACCAAGCAAUAUGGUCCAAAAAGAUGUCAAAUGGAGCAAGGCGCAUACCAGUGUCACCUGAACAGGCCAGGUCAUACAACAGGCAGAUGAGACCUGCCAUUUUGGAUCACAGCUCUGGGGCCAAGUGGACAAACACAUCAAAUCAUCCUGAAUUUUUGGUAGGAGAAGAGGCGCUGUAUGUUAAUCCAUUAGAUUCUUAUAACAUACAUUGGCCCAUUAGACGGGGACAGCUGAAUCUCCACCCAGGACCUGGUGGCUCCCUCACUGCAGUACUGGCAGACCUGGAAGUUAUAUGGUCACAUGCAAUACAAAAAUACCUGGAAAUACCACUGAAAGACCUGAAGUACUAUAGAUGCAUUUUACUAAUUCCAGACAUCUAUAAUAAACAACACGUGAAAGAACUGGUAAAUAUGAUCCUAAUGAAGAUGGGCUUCUCAGGAAUUAUUGUACACCAGGAGUCUGUCUGUGCUACCUUUGGAAGUGGUUUAAGCAGUGCAUGCAUUGUAGAUGUGGGAGAUCAGAAGACAAGUGUUUGCUGUGUAGAAGAUGGUGUUUCCCAUCGCAAUACCAGGCUGUGCCUUGCAUAUGGAGGCUCUGAUGUGUCAAGGUGUUUUUAUUGGCUUAUGCAACGAGCAGGAUUCCCAUACAGAGACUGCCAGUUAACCAAUAAGUUGGACUGCCUGCUGCUUCAACACCUAAAGGAGACAUUCUGUCAUCUAGAUCAGGAUAUUUCUGGAUUACAAGAUCACGAGUUCCAAAUUCGGCAUCCGGAUUCUCCAGCUUUAUUGUACCAGUUCCGAUUAGGGGAUGAAAAAUUACAGGCACCCAUGGCUCUGUUUUAUCCAGCAACUUUUGGAAUUGUUGGACAAAAAAUGACAAUUUUGCAGCACAGGUCACAAGGUGAUCCUGAGGAUCCUCAUGAUGAGCAUUAUCUGCUGGCCACACAAAGUAAGCAGGAGCAGUCUGCAAAAGCUACAGCUGACAGAAAAUCUAUGUCAAAGCCUGGUCCAUUUGAGGGAGAAUUGAGAGGCCAAUCCUCAGAUAUUUCAGAGAGGAUCUACCCACAAGAAGUAGAGCUGGGCUCUUCCCAGGGUGACUGUAUGAUACCUGGCAAUGACUCAGAGGAACCUUUAGCUGCACACAUGUCCAGGAAAACUGCUAUUUCUCAGUUUGAAGGCAAAGCCUUGGGCCUGGACAAAGCCAUCCUUCAUAGUAUUGACUGCUGUGCAUCUGAUGAUACAAAAAAGAAGAUGUACAGCUCCAUCUUAGUAGUGGGAGGAGGCCUUAUGUUUCAUAAAGCUCAAGAGUUUCUUCAACACCGAAUUCUCAACAAAAUGCCACCUUCUUUCAGAAGAGUUGUUGAAAAUGUUGAGGUCAUCACAAGGCCUAAGGAUAUGGACCCACGUUUAAUUGCCUGGAAAGGAGGGGCAGUUUUGGCCUGUCUGGACACAACUCAGGAGCUGUGGAUAUACCAGAGGGAGUGGCAGCGCUUUGGUGUCAGGAUGUUACGGGAGCGAGCUGCCUUUGUGUGGUAAUGCAGAUGCUUACAGAGGAGCCUGUAGGAACUUCACUGAAGAUCCCUUUCCCCAAAUGCCCUUUUUUCCCAGUGCACAUGAAUUGAUCUUCUGCUGACACAUAUUUUUUGUAUUUUAUUAAUAUUAACUUCAACUGAGAUUUUUCUGGAAGUGUUGUAAAAAACAAAAAAACUUACUGAAUUAUUUUGACUUCAGCUACCCUUUGUCUCUUAAACUGUAUGCAUUGAAUUCUGCAUACAGAAUACCACUGUCAUCUCCAGAGUAACUAUAUUUAUAUUAUACAUGUAAUGUAUAUUAAAAUUGCACAGUGUAGGAACUUAAGGUAUGAAAUAUUACGUGAGAGAUGUUAAGCCAAGAUUAAUUCCAGAAACAUGUACACAGAACCAACAGCUGAAGAGUGCAGCUGUGGAUUUAAUGUCAUAUUCUGAUUGCUACUCUAAUGUUACCAGGAGAUGAAGUUGUUAUAUAAGUGAUCAUUAGGGUAAAAGUGAAAUGAAGAACUAAAACUACAGUCACUGUUUGUAUUUUACUUAUGUAAUAAAUUAUUUUAUUUAGUAGAAAGACAAA